AUGUGGAGGCCAGCUGUCACCCUCAUAAUUCUGCUGUUCCUUAAGACGCCCCAGUGCCAAGAAUGCCCAGGUUCAGCCACUGUUGUGGUUGGCCUCUCGGGAGAGUCUCUCCAGUUAAGGCCCAACAUCACACAGAGGAAGAUAUACUCUGUUGAAUGGAAGAGGCAGCUGCCCUCACAUUCAGCUUAUCAUCUCAUACUGACUUGGGAGAAUGGGCCCACGCCGAAUAAUGAAUCUUCAACUUUGAAUAAUUUCAACAAUAAAUUCAGCUUCAGAACCGAGAACUUGGCUCUUCUCAUUAACACAGCUCAGCAGCAGGACAGUGGCUCCUACUGCCUGGAGGUCACCAAUGAGUCUGGACAUGUUUGGACAGUCAAGUUCCAGGUUUCUGUAUUUGAUCGAGUUGAGAAACCACACCUGCAGUGGCAGGGGAAGGUCCUGGACAGAGGGAGAUGCCAAGUGUCUCUGUAUUGCUUGGUCUCCAGGGAUAGAAAUGUGACCUAUUCUUGGUACAGAGGGAACAAGCUAAUCCUCAAGGCAAGGAACCUCACCUACCUGGAGGAGGAGAUUGAUAAUAACACGUACACAUACACCUGCAUUGUCCACAAUCCUGUGAGCUGGAACAGUCAUUCCCUCAACCUCACUGCGAGUUGUCAGAAUGUCCACCAGGAAUUCAGACUUCGGCCCCUUUUGGUGACCACUGUGAUUCUAAUCACACUGCUCCUGGGCAGCCUUACCUGCUUCUGCAUGUGGAAGAGGAAGAGGAAGAGGAAGCAGCCAGAGACCAGCCCUGAGGAGUAUCUGACAAUUUAUGAAGAUGUCAAGGACCUGAAGACUACAAGAAACCAAAAGCAGAAGCCCAAGCAGAAUUCUCCUGAGAAUGAGAGCACCAUCUACUCUAUGAUCCAGGCCCAGUCUUCUGUUGCCACUUCACAAGAAACUCCGAACACAUUAUAUUCAUUUGUACAGCCUUCCAGAAAGUCUGGAUCCAAGAAGAGGAACCACAACCCACCCUUCAGUAGCACUGUUUAUGAAGAGGUUGGAAACAGAGAACCCAAAGCCCAGAACCCUGCUCGACUGAGCCGCAAAGAGUUGGAGAGCUUUGCUGUUUAUUCCUAGCUGCUGCCGGUGUUCCCGCCUUGCUGUCACAGCAGCAUCUGCUUUGGGAAUCAGCCUGCGAGUCUUUACAGAACAUGUGCUAGUCUGGAGAGGAUAUGAAAGUUUGUUCAUGGUCUAUAUUUUGUUUUGAAAAUAGCCAUUAUAAAAGCCAGGCUGUUAAAUAAUAUGGUCCAAUUUACAGAUCAGAUGAGAACGGGUAGAUUGGGUCAUUCACAAAAGACUAUUCCAAGUACUUGUAGUCUAUAAGGGCUGGUAUUGUUAUUAGAGUCCUUCCUCCCUGCUUUCUAGUCUGCUACUUGUCUCUCAUACCCCCAAUCUGGGAUGACUGUCUCUCUAGACCCUCUGCUGGCCCAGGCCCAUCUUCCAAAGCAAGAGGAUGGAAAGACAAUGGUGAAGCAGAGGGAGAGGAAAGACCUUCUUUGUGGGGCUGGGCUGCCUGGCUGUGAGUGGGCGGCUGGGUUCUCCAGGGGGCCAGGGCCUAGGGUUUACUCACAUGCAGAGCAAAAACCUUCCUCCCACCC